UCUUCCUCGUCUUCUUCCAUCGGUUCAUCGUCUAGUUAAUUCUUUCGUUUCCUUUCUUUUUUUGUUACUACUCAUCUUACGCGACCUCCUUCAUGAAACAAGUUGGAUUUUCGGAACAUGUUACUGUAUUCCCGGCUCCACCGACUUCAAUCGCAGUUAUUGCAACGACGAAUAAGGAUAUUGAUAAUAAUGUGAUGAGUGACGUGAAGCGCUCGCUCUUGGAUAUGAGUCCAGGUGGUAAGACAGAUGAUGCCGAUGAAGAACCAGAUGAUCAUGUGGAGAGUAAUGAGACGUUUGCCGAAUUUUGUACACGACAAGCUCAAAACGUCGUGCAUUUCCUGGUGGAAGACUGGUUUCUCUCUGCCCUACUUGGAAUAAUCACUGCAGUUUUAUCAGUCGGAAUGGAUGUAGCCAUUGAAGUAUUGCAGCAUGCACACGUCACGUUCUACGAUAAAAUGCUCGCCAUCUCAUCGUAUUUGGCGUUUUCGCAAUGGGUAGCGCACAUUGUUAUUCUCACCAUGUUCGCCGCUAUUUUCUGUCAGAUUGUAUCAAAACAGGCAGUUGGCUCCGGAAUCCCUGAAGUCAAAGUAAUAAUGCAUGGUUUCAAAAUGGAGAACUACUUGACAACACGUACCCUAGUUGCAAAAAUGGUGGGACUAACACUGGCAAUGGGUGGAGGACUACCAAUUGGAAAAGAGGGACCAUUCGUACAUAUGGGAGCAAUUGUGGCCACGUUGCUCUCGAAAAUCACAUCAGCUUGUCAAUACUCUGCGUUUUUUAGUAAUGAAGGUCGUGAAAUGGAGAUGUUAUCCAGCGGAUGUGCUGUGGGAAUUGCUUGCACCUUUUCAGCGCCGAUUGGAGCUGUGUUAUAUGCAAUUGAGUCAACAUCCAAAUACUUUGCCGUCAAGAACUAUUGGAGGGGUUUUCUUGCGGCAACGUGCUCAGCAAUCGUGUUCCGUUGUGCAAACUUUUUUGUGACAGCUGAGCAAUCUGGAACUAUCACUGCAUUUUAUCAGACAAGAUUCCCAACUGAUUGCUUUCUAGUCGAAGAGCUGCCAAUUUUCUUGCUCUUAGGAUUUAUCAGCGGUCUUAUGGGAUCUUUCUUCAUUUUUAUUCACCGUCAGAUUUCGAUAUUUCGAUCGAAAAAUAGGGUCUACAAGUUGAUCUUUAGAAAUAACUUCCUCGCCUUCACUGUGUUCAUGGCAUUUGUCGUGGGAGUGCUCACAUUCCCAAAUGGUCUUGGAAGAUAUUUUGCCGGACGAUUAACCUUCCGCGAGACCAUGGCCGACUUUUUCAACAACUGCACGUGGGUUUCAAAUGACUCGAGACGGUGCCCAGACACGAUUUUAACCCACUGGACUGGUGGCAGUGAGGGCGAUGUUUCCAUUUUCACUAGCCUGGUGCUAUACUAUAUUUUAUAUUUUGUUCUUGUGGCGAUCUGCAUCUCCAUCAACGUGCCAGCAGGAGUAUUUGUUCCAUCUUUUAUCAUUGGUGCUGCAGGAGGAAGAUUGAUGGGUGAAACCAUGGUGGUCCUCUUCCCGGAAGGUAUGCGUGGCCCUGGUGGUCCACCAAUUCACCCUGGUCUCUACGCAGUUGUUGGCGCAGCCGCGUACACUGGAGCUGUCACUCAUACUCUUUCGGUUUCCGUCAUCAUUUGCGAACUCACCGGACAACUUUCACCGAUUCUUCCUGUUUUGAUUGCCAUGCUCAUGGGAAAUGCGGUUUGCAAGUUCUUGCAGCCUUCAAUUUAUGAAUCGAUUAUCCGCGUCAAAAAGUAUCCAUACCUACCAGACCUACCGCCGUCCAGAGUUUCCGUGCAUACUGUCAAAGUAGAACAGUUGAUGGUUACUGAUGUGAUAUAUAUCACUAAAGAUAUGACUUACCGGGAAAUGAAAGAAAUUCUACAACUCGCACCUCAUCUCAGAAGUUUCCCCAUUGUUACUGAUCAUGAAAACAAAAUUCUACUCGGAUCAGUGGCGAAGAGGUAUCUGACAAUGCUACUUCGCCGUCAUGUUCUGGUAAACCAGCAGGACAGUCGAAAUAUUGGAAGAAUGACUCCUUCAGAGAUUUUCAAUACUAUUAGGAGAACAAGCAUGCGACUGUCCCGCCGUUCUCCAUCCCGUCGUUCCAACAGCUCUCAAACACGGGAAAACUCGGUUCCAGAAACCGCUCGCAGUGAUGCUCCAUCCGAUCAAGUAGAAUUUGUAUCGGAAAGAACAAUCUCCGGAAACACUCUUCUCUCAAUAUCUCCUCUCCAUUGCCCGAAUAACAUCCCACUACAGGCAGUUUUCACGCGACCUUCAUCAGCAGAUCUUUCUAAAACAGAAACGAAUGCCGAUAUUCUACUAAAUCGAAACAUUGAUCUAGAUGAAAUUGCAAUUGACGCUGCACCAUUCCAACUGGUUUUAGGAUCUUCUUUAUACAAAGUGCACACUUUAUUUUCACUCCUCGGUCUGUCACACGCUUAUGUGACAGAUUGCGGAAAGCUGGUGGGGGUCGUUGGAUUGAAAGAGCUCCGCGACGCGAUGGCCAAUAUCUACGUACGAGGAGCCGUAGCACCAGUGAAACCAGACCGAAAACUAACGUCUGGAACAUUCCUAGACAUGUCCCAUAUGAACAAAGACAAACUACUCAAUACACCUCAAACACCUCCAGCCAAUGGUCUAUCGAUAAAUAUGGAAUCUCCAAAGUUUGGAAAUUCUCUGACUGUACCGCCAAUGGCAUUGUAAAUAUUCGGGUUUAAAUUUCACAUUGAAACAAGAAAUUCAAUUUUUCUCAACUACGCACUUUUGUUUUCCUUUUGGUUUCUACAAACCUAUUUAUCAAAGUUGUCAUUUCUCAUUUCAAGAUCUCAUUUUAUAACUUUCUAGUCAACCAACCGAAACAAUUAGGGUUAGAAGCACUUCCAAUCUACAGGUUAUAAUGUUUUCCCCCAGUACCUUAUUUUCUAGCUCUCGGUGUUUAAAUUUUUAUUUUCUUUUUAAGAAAAAAAGCGAUAGGCUUUUCUUUUGGUUACUUGUAUUUUAUUAUUGGAAACUCUUUGCGAAUUCCAAAAUAUAGAACGUUUGCAAAAAUAAAUUUUUAUUAAUUAUUAA